AUGCCACGCAAGCGUGUUUCUACAGUGAACAAAGAUGCGGAUGUUGCCUCUGCUGGAACCGAGCCCGGUCCGAGUAAAGACGGCACCACUGGCGGCAACGAAGAUCCGGGGCGAGGGAGCGCGAGUCUUGCACUCCCGUCGGCGGAGAUGGAGGGAUCGGCGACGGAGGGAAAUCACGGAGGCGAUCCCCGCGCCGAGCAUGCCGCAACCAAGGAGUCCGAGGCGGCGGCAACGCAACACCAUCUGACGCUGCUCCAGCCGACCGUGGUCGAAGUUUCUGCAGCCGUGCUGGAUAAGGACAAGGUGGGGGAGCACGAGUCGGUGGGGCUGGUCGGUGGCUCUCCACCUUCUGGUGGACGGGGGAGGCGUAGGCAGAGGAAGAGCGAUGGGGAGGACGAUUAUGACACCGCCGUGCCCGGGGACCUCAUUACGCGGGCGAAGAGGCGGCAGACGACAGGUAGUGCUGACGACGCCGGAGGCGCGGCAGUUGGGACACCGCGAGGCGCCAAGGAAGCUAGUGGCAAGGCGGGCGGUCAAGCAUUGCGCCAGAAGGGCCGACCCGCAGCAAGAAAAGCAUCCGGCGGAAGGAGAGGCAAGAAAGCAGCGACGGGAACAAAGCCGAAACGGGGCGAUGAAGACCCCGGUGAUGCGGAGGAGGAGGAGGAUGAGGAGGAGGAUGCGGAGGGAGAGGAGGAUGAAGAGGAAGCGGAGGAGGAUGACGCGGAUGAGGAGGAGGAGGAGGAGGAGGAGGAGGAGGAGGAGGAGGAGGAUGAGGAGGAGGAGGAGGAGGAGGAGGAGGAGGAGGAGGAGGAGGAGGAGGAGGCAGAGGAGGAGGAGGAGGAGGAGGAGGAGGAGGAGGAGGAGGAGGAGGAGGAGGAGGAGGAGGAGGAGGAGGAGGAGGAGCAGGGUGACGACGAGGAGGAGGAUGUGGAGGAGGAGGAGGAGGAGGAGGAGGAGGAGGAGGAGGAGGAGGCAACGGAGGAGGAGGAGGAGGAGGAGGAGGAGGAGGAGGAGGAGGAGGAGGAGGAGGAGGAGGAGGAGGAGGAGGAGGAGGAGGAUGUGGCGCCAGUGAAGGGACGGGGCGGGCGUGCGUGA